GGUAGACUCUCUCUCUCUCUCUCUCUCUCUCUCUCUCUCUUAGCGGAGCAGAGUGAUGGUCGGUUCAGCAGUGCCUCGGCCUCACCCACCGGGGUUUCCCUUCCCAAAUUUCAGAGUGGGUCCCACACCAAGCCACCUAGUCACCACCGCCACUGCACACCACCUCGGCCACUUCCUCCGCCGUCGCUUCCUCUGCCACCGUUUUCAUCUAGGGUUUCUUCUUCCAUCGUCUUUCAGGAAAAUCUCUCGUCUGGGACACGUGCCUUCUUUUAAGGAUGCAUGGCAUGAAAGAGCCCUUGAUUUUAAAGGAAUGAACAUACUUCAAUGGUCAUGUGAUGCUUUCUCAGCAACAUGCUUGUCUUGCUUAUAUUUCUUUGAUGGAGAAGAAAGAAGAAACGAUUCUGGAGAUGCAAGGAAGUCAUACUUGGGGACAUCAAGAGAUGUCUCAUUUAAUGGAAGGCAAUGGACCAAUAUCCUCCUUGCGAUUAAUGUGUUAGUCUAUAUUGCACAAACUGCAACACAAGGGAAGCUAUUGCUAUGGGGAGCUAAGAUUAAUAGUCUCAUUGACAAAGGACAGCUAUGGAGGCUUGCUACAUCAUCUUUCUUGCAUGCAAAUAUUGGGCACCUAAUGGUUAAUUGUUACUCUUUGAACUCUGUUGGUCCUACUAUGGAGAAUAUUAGUGGUCCUAGAAGAUAUAUUGCAGUUUAUUUCACCUCUGCAAUUGCAAGUUCCGCAAUGAGUUAUUGGCUCUGCAAAGCACCUGCGGUUGGUGCAUCUGGUGCAAUUUUUGGAUUAGUUGGAGCCUUUGCAGUGUUUGUCUUGAGGCACAGGGACCUGGUUAAAGGUAGUAAGAGAGACUUGCAGCAUAUAGCGCGUGUGAUUGUUCUAAAUAUGGCUAUUGGUAUUUUGUCUAAAGGCAUUGAUAACUGGGGACAUGUAGGAGGCUUAGUAGGUGGAGCUGCCACUGCAUGGCUUAUUGGUCCUGCAUGGAGGUACGAGUCCCCAUCUAGUGAUGGACGAAGAAGAGUUUUUGCUGACAAGGCGCCAAUUUUCUCCAUCAUCAAUACGAAAAGAACACCACCUCGGUAGCCCACUUUAAUAUGUUGAUUUAUGACAAAUACUUCCCUUAUUAACACAUUUGUGUACAUUCAUUUAACAAAGUUAUUUUUACAUUU